AUGGCAGCAGGAGCACAAAGAGGGACAGAUCGCCCGCAGAGGUGGAAUGGUGGCUGGGUGUGGGUGGUGGAUGGUGCAGAUCUCUGCAGUAGAAGGAGAGGAGGCCCUGCUAUAUCUGACAAGGCGCUGCAAGGGGCUGGCAGUGAGUGCGUGUGCCCAUGCUGUCUUCUUCUGCAGACUUCUGCAGGCCUUCAGGUAAGGUGGAGGGUGAGCAGCACUGGGAAGACCUUGCUGACUUCUCUGGCAGAUAGCCACAGCCUGAAGGUUGGCAUUAUUGGUGGAGGCCGUCUUGGGAAUCACCUGGCCCGAGCACUGGUGGCAGUGGGUCGGGCUCCUUGCUCCAGUGUCCGCAUUUCUACCCGGCGCCCUGAAAGCCUGUUUCGGCCAGCCAUCCGGAAGCCCUGCAUUGUGUACAGCCUCGUCACUGCCGUUCCUCUGCCCAGGUUGAAGCAACUCCUUUGCUACAAUGCCAUCGUGAGGCCACAGUACCAGUGCCCUGGCAAGGAGCCUACAAAGGAGUGGGGGACAAAGGGGUCGGUCACAGAGGCACUGCAAGACCUUGCUGUUGUGCAGGCAACAUGCCCCCUCAGCUCCCAAGCGAAAAUAAAAGUCAAUGGCAAAUGGCUGGUGGGCAUUUUCUAUGCAGUCCUGAACAGCAGCAUGUGGCAGAGCCUGCCUCACCAGGAGGCACUGGCAUUGCUCAAUGACCUCUGUUUCCCUGGACACUGCCAUAUCUGCGCAGAGCAGAAAGCUUCCUGCCCACAGUUUACAUGCGAGAGUUUUGUCAGCAAAAGUUUUGCCUCUUCAAUGACUCAAGAGGAAACCUUCCCAUGGUUUGACCCGACAACUGCACAACUGAGAGAGUCUCCUUUUAGCCAGCUGCUAGAAAAGAGUGAGUCUGUCCAGAACCACCUUGCUCUGCUGUAUCAGUCAUCUUUUGGAGACUGGCCCACAAAGCAGUGUGUGCUGACCAGCGCCAAGACUUUUCCUACAUUAGCCAUACCAGAACCUGACACGGUGUUGAUUCAGGACUCCUCACUGUCCACAACUUCUUCAAAAGUUUUUUCAGGAAUUCCAGAGGAAACUACUGACUAUGUUUCUAAAUCCUCAUAAACUGAAAUGAACUCUAUGAUGUGCUGAGAUCUCGUCCCAAAGGGAUGAAUACCCAGAGAUGUUGACAACUCUUUUCCAUCCAUUUCCAUUGCUGGUCUCAGUAGCGUCUAGUGGAAGAACACACUGUAAGGACUUUGUAUUGCAAAAAUAAUGCCAAAAAGCAAAUAAACCUUUACUUAUCAA